GGGGGUCCGGCGCCCGCCGCUCCGCCUGAGGGCCCGAGACCUGUCGCUCCAUCUGGGGGUCCGGCGCCCGCCGCUCCGCCUGAGGGCCCGAGACCUGUAGUUCCAUCCGCCUGGGGGUCCGGUGCCCGCCGCUCCGCCCGGGGGCCCGAGGCCUGUCGCCCCGCCCGGGGGCCCGAGGCCUGUCGCCCCACCCGGGGGCCCGGUGCCUGUCGCCCCUCCCGGGGGCCCGGUGCCUGCCGUCCCGCCCGGGGCCCGGUGCCUGCCGCCCCGCCCGGGGGCCCGGUGCCUGCCGCCCCGGCCGGUGGCCCGAUGUGCCUCUGCCCGGAGUCCAGCCCGAUCCCGGUGUGCCUCUGCCCGGAGUCCAGCCCGGUGUGCCUCUGCCCGGAGUCCAGCCCGGUGUGCCUCUGCCCGGAGUCCAGCCCGGUGUGCCUCUGCCCGGAGUCC